UUGAUUUUACUUUUCCGCCACUGCAAGUGCAAGCAGAGCAAAGAGGUUGUCCAAAAACCCUAAGCAAAAAACCCUCACCGCUAGAAGAACAAGCAAUGGCGGCAGCAGCGGCAAAAGGAGGAAGAUUCAGAGAGCUCCUAAAGAAAUAUGGGAAAGUAGCAUUAGGUGUACACUUCUCUGUCUCAGCAGUUUCAAUCACUGGUCUUUACAUUGCCAUCAAGAACAACGUGGAUGUCGAAUCUCUCUUCGACAAGUGGCAUCUCCCUGGUUUCUCUAAUCAAGAACCGACCCAACAAGAUCUUCAAGAAUUGAAAUCCCAAGAUGGGUUUCUCGAGAACGAUGGUUAUAAUGAUAGAUCAAUGGUGGUGAUCGGGGAAGAGAAGAAGACGAAGAGGAAUCGGACGGCUGAGCUUGUUGCGUCAACUGGUGGGGCGUUGACUCUGGCUGUGCUGUGUAAUAAGGCUUUGUUUCCAAUACGGGUACCUAUAACUAUUGCCGUUACUCCUCCUCUGGCAAGGUUUUUGGCUAGGAGAGGGAUUAUCAAGAAUGGUGUAUGAUUCUUGAUUUGUUUUUUUUAGGGGCUUUUUUACCUCGUUGCUUCUCUAUCUAGUACGUUUUGUAAUGGUUAAUGUUGAACGGUAUAGAAAAGGAGAGGAAAUUUGGGAUAAGUUGAUAAAAUUUGAAGUGGGUUUUGGUGGAUAUUGGUUUAUAAUGGUGUUUUUAAAGUUGCCACAAAUAAUAAACUUACUGUUAAACUGUGUU